AUGAGUUGUUGCACAAGAAAUAGCGUUAGAGUGGAAAACCCUAAGAAGCCCAUAUAUGAAAAGCUAAAAAGCAAAAAGACCGAUUUAAAUAAUUCAGAGGAAGAUUUUGGUGAAAUAACUACAGUCACAUUACUUAAUGGUUCUAUCUACAAGGGAACAUUGAAAGAUAACAAGCUGCAUGGUAAAGGCACAGUAAAUUUCAACGAUGGUAGUGUUUAUGAAGGAGAAUUUAAAUAUGGGAAAAAAGAAGGAAAAGGGAAAUGGAGUGAUGGGAAUGGGAAUUCCUAUGAAGGAGAAUGGCUAGAUGAUAAAAGACAUGGUAAUGGUAUAUAUAAAACAAAAGAUGGAUUUAUUUUUGAUGGUUGUUUUAAAGAAAAUAAAAGACAUGGGAAAGCUACUAUAACUACACCAGAUGAAACAAAAUAUAUUUGUAAUUUUGAAAAUGAUCAAGAAAUAGGUGAUGUAGAAUUUUUCUUUGCUAACGGUGAUCAUGCAUAUGGUUCAAUUAAAGAUGGUACCCUAGAUAAUUAUGGUAGAUAUGAAUUUAGUAAUGGAGAUAUAUAUGUAGGAAAUUUUAAAAAUGGUUUAUUUCAUGGUAAAGGAUAUUAUAAAUGGAAUUAUGGAGAAGAUUAUAAAGUUUAUGAAGGUAAUUAUUUUAAAGGUAAAAGAAAUGGUACAGGACAAAUUAUUCAUUCAGAUGGUCGUAUAUUUUAUGGAGCAUUUAAAGAUGAUAAUAUGGAUGGAGAAAUUCUUGAAAUUAGUCCACAAGGAAUACAAACAAAGCUUCUAUAUGAAAAUGGAAAAUAUAUAAGGAUCCUAGAUAAAAUUGAUGAGAUAUAUGAUAUAAAAGAAAUAAUAGAAGAAUCAUCCAUUAACACUUCUAUUUUUACUGACCCUUAUAUUUAUAAACAGAUGUAUGAAAUUGAGAAAAAGAAAAAGGCAAAAAUUCGAAUUAAUCUUAAAAAAUAA